CGUUUCGCUGGGACUACCCGGUUGUGUCCGGGUAAGAUGGCGUUGGAAGAGCAGUGCUCGGCACCACCUCGAUGGCGGUCCAUAUCUUUGACACACGUAGAGUUCCCCGAGGAUGAUCUGACGGGACACUUGCUGGCCUACAUCAGUCUCAUACCCAUAGCAAUUCUUGUGGGCUUUGUUACACUCAUAGUGUUUAAACGGGAACUGCACACGAUUUCCUUCUUUGGUGGGCUCCUCCUGAAUGAAGGAGUGAACUGGCUGCUGAAGCACAUUCUCAGAGAACCGCGCCCAUGCGCAGGGGCUCACACAACUGUGCACACAGAGUAUGGGAUGCCCUCCAGUCACUCCCAGCUCAUCUGGUUCUUUGUUGUUUACUUCUUUCUCUUCCUUUAUUUAAGAAUGCAUCAAACGAACAAUGCUCGAUGUGUGGACCUUCUGUGGAGACACAUACUGUCCAUUAUCCUCUUGGGCAUUGCCUUAUCAGUCUCAUAUAGCAGGGUCUACUUGUUGUAUCACACCUGGAGCCAGGUUUUCUAUGGCGGUGUGGCCGGUAGUACGAUUGGCAUAAUCUGGUUCUUUAUCACACAAGAGGUGCUGACACCAAUAUUCCCCAAAAUAGCAGCAUGGCCAAUAUCAGAGUACUUCCUGGUGCGAGACACAAGCCUGAUCCCCAACAUCCUAUGGUUUGAGUAUACAGUGACCAGAUCAGAGGCACGGAACAGACAACGAAAGCUGGGAACAAAAGUUCAGUGAUCUACAAAGUUCAUUUGUGAAACUGAGUUUAGGACCACACACACGCACACAGAUACAUUCCCAUUUACUCACGUAAACAAAUGCUCACUUGACAAAAAAAAAAAAGAAAAUAAAAAAAAAAAACCCAAACAAAAAGGAAAAAAAACACACUGGAGAACCAUCUUUUGGACUGACGUGGUUGCAAGGAGUAAAGGGCAGGGGGGGAAAAAAAACGUUUUACAGGUGGCAAAAGAGUGCCUGGACCUGGCCUGGAGCCUACAGCCUGAGCAAGUCCGUCCACACGCCUCUCCUCCUUGUACAGCUUGCCUAAAAUGCUCUUCAGUGCAUGCAAGACUGUGUAAGAGGCAUACUAUUUAAUGAUAGAUUAAUAUAUAUAUUUUAACUAAACGCACGCUGACAGUAAUGGUAUAUUGCAAGAGACUCAAGGGGCCAUUUACAGGAGGCUUUGGUCAAGUUUUAAAGAAAUUGGUGGGCGCCUUUGCAGCAUGUAUUUAGUGGGUUUUUGUUUGUUUUUUAAAAGAAAUCUUGUGAUGAUACUAUAGUUGGUGGAGAGGGUGAAUUGGUUAUGGCUUUGUUAGGGGGUAUGUUGAAUUAACCAUUUUCAUUGUUAUAUGAUAGAGAAUGAACAAUUUUUAAAAUUGGUUAUGAUGUAAUAUAAAUGAGAAUUUGCACUUUGUUAAAUUGACAAGUUAAAAGAAGACUAACACUAGUUAAAUAUCACGACUUUUCCCUCAUCAGUUUUUGCUUUGUGUCUUUGACUGUUAGUCCUAAUAAUGUAUCAGAUUCCAAAGCUGAUCUGCAAGCUGUAAAUUUAAUGAACUAACAAACAUUGAGGUUAUGGUUUCUGUUCAUAUCUACCUUUUAAGUGUGAGAUGGAGGCACAGCAGCGGGUUUGUAUUAUUUUAAUUUUUGUUGUUGAACACACUUUGAGACUGAGGUGUUUUGUUAAUGCCUCUCGCAUAGUAGCAGCCUGGGAGAAGAAUUCUGGGAUUUUUUUUUUUUUUUUUUUUUAAACCUGCAUUUCCAACACAACAUUCCAUAUCAGUCAGUGAGUAAAUCAGUGCUGAGGGUACCUUUUUUUUUUUUUUAAUUAUUAUUAUUAUAUUUUUUUAAAGACAGGAAAAAAGCCUCAGGUCAGUAGUAGCAUGUGAUUAUGCUUAUUCCUCAAAGCUUACAGCAGCUGAUGUUGAAAGCUGUCAAGUGAGGCUCUGAAGCUGAUUUUAAAAGUGUCAUCAUUAGCUCCACAAAGGGACAUAGAUCUUUAGAUUUUUUUUUUCUUUUUUUCCAUGUGUAACCUAUAUCAGGCCGAAUAAACGUGUUUAUGUACAA